GACCCAUCAUGCCUGAACACGCACAAGCAGCAGCCCAGCCAGCGGCGGCGGCAGCGAAGUCGAAACAUAGCCACGCUGCAUCGCAGGCACAACCCGCGCCGCGCAAAGUGCGCUUCAAUGUCGGUACCCAGUACCAGGUCCUCGACGUCGUCGGCGAGGGCGCAUACGGCAUCGUCUGUUCCGCGAUCCACAGACCAAGCGGGCGCAAGGUAGCCAUCAAGAAGAUCGCCCCCUUCGACCACUCCAUGUUCUGUCUCCGUACCCUCCGCGAACUCAAGCUGCUCAAGUUCCUCAGUGAGGCCGGUGUCAGCGAGAACAUCAUCUCCAUCUUGGAUAUCAUCAAGCCGCCAUCCAUAGAGCAGUUCAAGGAAGUCUACUUGAUCCAAGAACUGAUGGAGACCGACAUGCACCGCGUCAUUCGCACGCAGGACCUCUCGGACGACCACGCACAAUACUUCAUCUAUCAGACUCUCCGUGCCCUCAAGGCAUUGCACUCCGCGGAUGUCAUCCACCGCGAUCUCAAGCCGUCGAACCUGUUGUUGAACGCCAACUGUGAUCUGAAGGUCUGCGACUUCGGUCUCGCGCGGUCAGUAAAGACAGCCGAGCCGUCCGGAACGGAAACCGGGUUCAUGACGGAAUACGUCGCGACGCGGUGGUAUCGCGCGCCCGAGAUCAUGUUGACCUUCAAGCAGUACACGAAGGCAAUCGACAUCUGGUCAGUGGGCUGCAUCCUUGCGGAGAUGCUCUCUGGAAAGCCACUAUUCCCCGGCCGCGACUACCACCAUCAGCUCACGCUCAUCCUGGACGUGCUUGGCACGCCCACGCUGGAUGAGUUCUACGCGAUCACCACGCGUCGGUCGCGCGACUACAUCCGCGCGCUCCCCUUCCGGAAACGCAAGCCGUUCGCGCAGCUAUUCCCGAACGCGAACCCGCUCGCAGUCGACUUCCUGACGCGGACACUGACGUUCGACCCGAAGAAGCGAAUCACGGUCGAAGACGCGCUCGCGCACCCAUACCUGGAGGCAUACCACGAUCCUGAUGACGAGCCGUGCGCGCCGCCUCUUGAUCCCGAGUUCUUCGAGUUCGAUCUGCACAAGGACGACAUCAGCCGUGAGCAGCUGAAGGAGCUGCUCUACGAGGAGAUCAUGUCGUUCCGCCCCCCGCCUAUCUCAUGAACACGCCGCACCACGCGCGCAUGCCCACACUACCCGUCGUCCCCCAUUGACUGUGCUGUCUUGUUUUAUAUACCAGCCGGCUGAUACCUCCCCCAGUCCGAAAAUGUAGUACCCCCACCACAGCCACGUCUGCCCUUCGCCCCGUCGACGCCGCUGCGCGCCGUCCUUUCUUCACGUCAUAUCGUCUGAGGGGUUUGAGCGUGGAGCUCGGGUUGUCUGGUGUCUGAUAGAUCGGUUCCCUCUGUCCCCUGUCCUCUCCUGUCCUCUGUACGGUAUCCACACGCACGCAAAGCAAAUCAAAGC